AUGUCUGCCCCUCGACCAACUCAGAAGAACAACCGAAGAAAGAGAAGAAGAAGGCAGGCGUCGGUCUCGGACAGCUCGUCAGACGACAGCUCGAGUUCCGAGGACGCUCCCCCUAUCAAAGCAGCCAAAGCCGCUCCAAUUAAAGUGGACGGAGAGUCGUCCUCCUCUGAGGAAUCUUCUUCUUCGUCUUCAUCGUCCUCAUCAUCUUCCUCUUCCGACUCUGAAUCAGACUCGGAUUCUGACUCUGCUCCCACCUCGAAACCCUCUGCAGCCAGCAGCCAGCUUCCUCCAGCCAAGCAGCGCACUCGACACCCUACAAAUUCGCCAUCGCCUCCCCCGGCUACUGGUCUCCCGACCUUUAUGCAGUAUUCGAGAAGAGGGAAGGGCGCGGUCAAUCCCGAGGAAGAGGAGAGGAGAGAAAAGUUCAAGACGGUGUAUAUGAACAAGCUGGUCGAAGGCUUCGGGGGCGAGUUGGAAAAGAUGCGCGAGUCGGAUCCUACGUUGGGCCCCAAGAGGUUGCAAUUGCUGAUCGAUUCUUUGGCUUCGAGCAAGUAG